AUGUGCUAUAUUAAUGAAUGGCCAAAAAGGUUUCUGAAAAUAUUUAUUCAACAAUACAGUCGUUAUAAGGUUGACUUGCUUAUUGACAAUGAAGCAGAGAAGGAUUACCUUUAUGAUGUGCUACGGAUGUACCACCAAUCCAUGAAUCUCCCAGUACUGGUAGGGGACCUAAAGCUUGUGAUUAAUGAACCAAGUAGAUUGCCGCUGUUUGACGCCAUCCGUCCCCUUAUCCCAUUAAAACAUCAGGUGGAAUAUGAUCAGCUGACGCCUAAACGAUCAAGAAAGCUGAAGGAAGUGAGACUGGAUCGUUUGCAUCCUGAAGGGCUUGGAAUAAGUGUGCGAGGAGGACUGGAAUUUACUUGUGGCCUCUUUAUCUCCCAACUAAUUAAAGGUGGACAAGCAGACAGUGUUGGGCUUCAGAUUGGAGAUGAGAUAGUUCGGAUAAAUGGAUACUCCAUCUCUUCAUGCACUCAUGAGGAAGUAAUAAAUCUCAUCCGUACAAAGAAAAUAGUGUCCAUAAAAGUAAGACAUGUCGGCAUGAUACCUGUCAAAAGCUCUCCAGAUGAGCCUCUUAAGUGGCAAUUUGUGGAUCAGUUUGUGUCAGAUUCUGGGGAGGGAAAAGGCAGCGUUGCUGGGCUCGCUUCAUCUGGAGGAAGGGACAAUAAAGAGAAGAAAGUCUUCAUUAGUUUGAUUGGUUCAAAGGGCAUGGGAUGCAGCAUUUCCAGUGGUCCAACUCAAAAACCAGGCAUUUUUAUCAGCAAUAUUAAACCAGGUUCUCUUUCUGCUGAGGUGGGGCUGGAGAUUGGUGAUCAGAUUGUUGAAGUAAAUGGAGUGGAUUUUUCUAAUGUGGACCACAAAGAGGCUGUGAGAGUGUUAAAAAGCAGUCGAACCCUAACUAUCUCUGUUGUAUCAGGAGCCGGGAGAGAGCUGUUCAUGACUGAGGAUGAGAGGCAGCGAGAAGUGAGUCUUCGUGAACAGGAGCGCCAGGAGUUAAUGCAUCAGAAGCGGCUUGCAUUAGAAACUAACAAACUCCUCAAAGAGCAGCAAGAGAAAGAGAGACAAAGGAAACUGGAGAUUUCUCAAAAGGCUGCAGAAGAAGAAGAAAGAUACCGUAAAGAAAUUGAACAGAUAACAGCAGAAGAAGAGAAAUUUAAAAAGGAAUGGGAAGAAGAUUGGAGGCCUAAAGAGCCACCUAAGCCUGUAAAAACUGUAACUGCAGACGUACAUCCAGCCCCUACUCCUAAACACAGAACUUUUGGAUGGUUUUAUCGAUAUGAAGGGAAAUUUCCCACAAUUCGCAAGAAAGGGAAAGAGAGAAAGAAGUUGAAGAGUGACAGUCUGUGUGAACAGAAAAAGUGUAAAAAGGAACUGGAGUUUGAGCAAAAACUUGCCAAAGAAAAAGAAGGGAUGUUGGAAAAAGAAAAACAGCUGAAAAUCAACCGGCUUGUACAAGAGGUAUCUGAGACAGAGCGAGAAGAUCUGGAGGAAUCAGAAAAGGUUCAGCACUGGGUGGAAAGACUUUGUCAGACACGGUUAGAACAAAUCUCCUCUGUGGAGAAUGAUUCUCCUGAGCUGACAAGUGGACAUACUUCUGCUUCUCCUUCUGCUACAUCAGUGCGGAGGUUUGCAGGUGGUCUGCAGCUUCACACCACAGACCUUGAUGAUAUUAACCUGGAUGAAGUUGACAAGCCUACAAAACGCAUAGCACCUCUCCCUCCAACACCUCACACAACUUCUGCAACAUCAGCAGCUCAUCCACUUUCUUCACCAAAUGUCCCAUCUUCAAGAGGUCCAGCCCCUUCACCUUCUGCAGCUUCACGGGUGACUUUAUCAUCAUCCACUGGGAUGCAUUCUCCCCCACCACCUCCCCCUGCCUCCUUACCCAGUCAACCCACUGGAUCUCUCUGUCUACCAUACACCCUGUUAGACGAGAGAAUGGGAAACCACAGUUACCAUUCUUCUGGCCCUACAGAGUCCUUGAAUGGCUGGGAAGCAAAAAAUUACAGAGGAAGAUCUACGUUUGGACCUAUUAGCUCUCAGAAUAAUGAAAAGACCUACUUAUCAAGUCCAAAGCAAUUUGCUCCAAGCCCACCUACCCAGCGUCACCCAGUGGUACCUAUAGUCUCUAAGCCAGUCAUGCUGCAACCUGAUCCUAAUUUUAUGGUCAGGCCAACAAUCAAACCGGAGGCCCUGCCACAAGAGAUGUUUAAAAGGAUGGUGGUUUACAAUUCAUCAUUUAGAUCUAACAAAAAACAAGGCUUCCAGAAGUAUGUGGAAGAUUUUGACCCCUAUACAAUGUUUUCAGCAGAUCAGAUCAUGGGAAAAGAUGUGCGGCUGUUACGUAUUAAAAAGGAAGGACCAUUAGAUCUUGCAGUAGAGGGAGGCAUUGAUUCCCCAAUUGGAAAAAUAGUAGUGUCUGCUAUCUAUGAGGGUGGUUCCGCAGACAAACAUGGAGGCAUCGUGAAAGGGGAUGAAAUAAUGGCUGUGAAUGGCAAGAUUUUAGUUGAUGUGACGCUGACAGAAGCCCAGACAACUUUAGCCAAAGCCUGGAAUGUGGGUGGGGAUUGGAUUGAUUUAGUCAUUGCAGUGUCUCCUCCAAAGGAAUAUGAUGAUGAAAUGUAA